AUGGCCCCAUCUACUUCGCCUCUUGUUAUCGAUCUCGCAGACGUCAGAAAUGGCUACCCAUCGCUAGCCAAAUGGAUCGCUCGAGAUCCUGACGAUGAGCCGCUUGUGUUUCGCAAAUUCGGGGUACUUGCAGCGCGCAACAUAUUGUCGCUGCAAUGUCAGAUGGUGACACUCGGAGAUGAGAUCGAAGGUCUAGAAUCUGAGAUCAGGCAAUCAGCCGAUCUGGAGACCCGCCGGUCGCUUCAGCGGUGGGAAGUAUUGUGCGAAAGGGCGAUACCCGGUUCCAACAGCCUCGAAUUGCAGCUUCAAGUCAAGCUCAAAGAAUUGCAGGGGUUAUUGAAAGAAUACUGUUGGUCGCUUCAUCACAUCCUAGGCUUCAUGCUGAUUCAUUGGCCAGACGAAGCGCUGACCUUGCGCGCUCAAGUCGCCCAACUCGAUAAACCCAGUCAACGAAUCUUGACCACCUACAAAGACUAUCUCAAUGGAACCGCGAUUCAAAACAUGCCAGUCUCCUCGAAGAAGCUGAUUUUUGGUCGCGCGAGCAAGUUUCUGGAAGAUACACAAGACCUGGUGGCUCUUCAGAAGCCCUCCAACCAAGAUUACCUGUCUCGUUCGCUGAGGAACCACUGGCUCUUCACCAAGCAUUCACCACGCGAGGAACUCGACAGAUCAAACAGAUAUAAUGACACACUCGUCGCACAGGUUGUGGCCGCCAUAAGCAUGGUGCUCGCUGCAGUUUUGCUAGUUGGCGCGAUUGUCAGCCUCUACUUUUUGAGCAACCCAAACGCAAAGCUGGGUCUCAUAGCCGUAUACACAUUGCUAUUUGCACUGAGUGACGAGCAGAAGUCUUCGCUGCCACUGCUGCGUAUGCUGCUGUAUUAG